CGAGUGGUCGGGAUGAUAUUUUCCACACACAGGAAGUGCAGUAGAGGUCGCUGUCACUGCAUAGCAUCCAUACAUUGCACACAUGGGGAGUUUAGUCGGCUGAACAGCGCUGUUUUCAAAGAAACUGUCAGUGCUUAUUUGUAGUGGAAACUACGAUAGUCUCCAAGAUAGCCGUAUGAAAUGAAAACAGAGAAAGCAAGUCUGUGGGAUAUCAGCUAAUUAUAUCACAUGACUGGAUGAAUCUUUAGAAACCAUCUGUUAUUAGAUUCACAACAGCACGUUUUUGGAUCGACGGACGUCGUAUGUUUUUUCAAGUCUAUUUUCUGGACUUCGGCGCAGAUUAAAUGAGUUUACACCUUGUGUGUACCUCCGCGGACCAACAAUGUGUUAGAACAGCUGUGUAGCGUAAUUCCACUCAGGGCGUGCAGAUAAAAGCAACAUGCCCCUGUCGGACUUUCUGGACAGCCUGAAGGACAACCCGUACUUUGGGGCCGGGUUUGGACUGGUUGGCGUUGGGACAGCGUUGGCAGUGGCCAGGAAAGGUGCGCAGGUGGGGAUGGUCUUCUUCCGCCGGCACUACAUGAUCACUCUGGAGGUCCCUAGCAGGGAUAAGAGCUACCACUGGCUCCUGAGCUGGAUCACCAAGCACGCCAGGCACACUCAGCACCUGAGCGUGGAGACCUCCUACCUGGCCCAUGAGAGUGGACGUGUUCACACACAGUUUGACUUCCACCCAAGCCCCGGGAAUCACAUCAUCUGGUAUGGGAGGAAGUGGAUCAGGGUUGAGCGGACCAGAGAGAAGCAGAUGGUGGAUCUGCACACUGGAACCCCAUGGGAGUCUGUAACCUUCACCGCUUUAGGCAGAGACCGACAGAUUUUCUUUAAUAUCUUACAAGAAGCGAGAGAAUUGGCCCUGAAGCAGGAGGAGGGACGUACGGUGAUGUACACAGCGAUGGGUGCUGAGUGGAGGCCCUUUGGGUUUCCACGGCGACGCAGACCCCUCAGCUCUGUGGUCCUGGAAGCGGGUGUGGGUGAAAGGAUUGUGGACGAUGUGAAGGAGUUCAUUGGAAACCCCAAGUGGUACACAGACAGAGGCAUCCCCUACAGAAGAGGGUAUCUGCUGUAUGGCCCUCCAGGAUGUGGAAAAAGCAGCUUUAUCACGGCACUGGCGGGCGAGCUGGGCUACAGCAUCUGUCUAAUGAGUCUGAGUGACCGAUCCCUUUCGGAUGACCGUCUGAACCACCUCCUGAGUGUGGCGCCACAGCAAAGCAUCAUACUGUUGGAGGAUGUGGAUGCAGCGUUUGUCAGCCGAGACCUGCUUCCCACAGAGAACCCUCUGGCCUACCAGGGAAUGGGAAGACUGACUUUUAGUGGCCUGCUCAACUCUCUGGACGGAGUGGCUUCAUCUGAGGCCAGAAUAGUUUUCAUGACCACCAACUUCAUUGACAGGUUAGACGCAGCGCUGAUCCGACCCGGCCGUGUCGACCUGAAGCAGUACAUUGGUUAUUGCUCUCACUGGCAGCUCUCACACAUGUUCCGGCGGUUCUACCCUGACGAGCCUGCCUCAGAGGGAGAGCGGUUCGCGGAGCGUGCGCUGGCCACACACUCGGAGAUCAGCGCUGCUCAGGUCCAAGGACACUUUCUGCUGCACAAGAUGGACCCUGCAGGAUCUAUAGACAAUGUUGCCCAAAUGAAAGAAUGACAGGAGUGGAAGGCGUUUGGAGAUUCAUUGCUGAAUGAAGAGAAACAUUUGUCAUUUUUACACUUCCUGUUUAAGUUAUGGUAUGACAUGUGCAUCGAUGCCACAGACUGUAUAUGCCGUUUAUGGUUGAUACCAAAUAAAUCAAUUUCUGGUCAGUGCA